UAAAUAAAUUUCGCGACAGAGAAAACGUUUGUGUAAAUAUGUUCCCGUGGUGCGGUUCGUAGUGAGAUUAAAAGGCACGGCUCAUGAAGGAUCCUUGACUACGUUACAGGUUAGGCCGGUGAAAAGUGUUAAACUUUUAGAGUAGUACCAACCACCAUGUUGCUUAAAUUGUCCUCGGAAAACAUUGAACAUCUUUCAUUUCUUCGUGAGUUAGAUGAUGACAUUGUACAAGAAUUUGCAUCACUCGCUAUUCAGUUUCUCACAAAUGGAAUAAAAAGUAAAAUUUUCCGAGUUGCUGCGCAAAAGCUGGCCGCUGAUCCGAAAGUUGUUGAAGAUGCUGUUAUGGGAUUAAUGCAACUCUUCUCUGAGGCUGCCAAGCACAAGACUAAAGCCGAAGACUUCCAUAACUCACUGCUGACAUUACAAUUCAAAGAUUCAACUGUGGAGCUUCUUAGACAAGUUUUUGUUGACCAUAACAACACCACUCGAGCAACAUUAGCUCAGUGUAGUCCAACAUUACCUACAUAUGAAGACUUGGAAUGGAGAUUAGAUGUUAAAGUUGCAACCCGCUCACUUCACCAGCAAAUUGAACCGAGGAUAUUGCUUAAACUUCACACCAAGAAUGGUGAUCAUAAUGACUCUAAACUUUUACAAACUGACCCUGUUAAUUUAAUUAACAUGACGCGUGUUUUGGAAGAAGCACUAAAUGAAAUGAAGACCAAACAUGUUAGACGAGUUCUUCGCAAUAUCACCUAAUAUAGCUCUGCAAUCAUUUACAUAUAUAUAAAGUUUUUAAUCCCUUUUUGUUAAAUCCAUUUUUUUGUUAUUGCUAUAGGAUGUUCAUUAUAUACCUUCCAUUUGAUUUAGUAACACGUAUUGAACAAAUCAGUCACUUGUGGUUCUCCAUAUAUUUCUUACAGAUGAUUUUAAAAAUCUUGCGAAAAUAUCAUUCACAUGGUAUAUGAUGUGCCAUAAAAUCCUUGCAAUAUUUUAUUUCACUGUCUAUUAAUCUGUGUGUAACUUUAAUAAUGUUACAGUUUCAUAUAUCUAUAUUUUACACA